CAGCCUCUCUACUUCUCAGACAAACAUUCAACUUUCCCAUUCCCCAAGACUAUAUCCACUGCAUCAGUCUUACACGCCCAGAGUUCAACAUGAACAAGCUUAUCAUCGCUCUGGCCGUGGCUUCCGCAGUCUCUGCUGCCCCUCUAUCCCGCCGCGAUGAGUGCCAGGAUGCCUAUAAAUCUUGCAUUGCCGCGGGAACCCCAGAGGUUGCAUGCUCAUGCACUCUAACUGCCUGCGUGGGCGAAGAUAAUGCUCGCAACCGCGAGUAUUGCGCUUCUGCUACAGCAUCGCUUGCCCAGCCAACCAAAACCGAGAUUCCCGGCGGAUGCAAUCCUGCCCAUCCCGGCUCGUGCCCUUCAUCGUACUUUACCAACAAGUACACUGCCCCAGCCGAGACCUUCACUUCCAUUCCAGGCAUUCCUGGUGGUUGUAACCCUGCUCAUCCCGGUUCCUGCCCUUCUUCAUACUUUACCAAGACCUACACUGCUCCGGCUGAGACUUUCACCUCCAUUCCUGGUAUUCCUGGAGGAUGCAACCCUGCUCACCCCGGAUCUUGCCCAUCAAGCUAUUUUACCUACCCCGUGGGCUCCAAGACUGCGGUGCAACCCGCUCCCGUGCCCGCCCCUACCGGCGACUGCACUGAGGGUACCACCUACCCCAGCCCUGAGCCCGUUGAUGGCAAGACUUGGACCAUUAAGGAUCUUACUCGCUACUGCGGCGAGGAUAACGAAGGCUGUGAUUAUAACUUCGAGAUCGCACCUGGUGCAGAUGGAAAGACCGAGCGGUGUACUAUCAUCCGUAUGCCCGGUAAAGAUGCUGCCACCGAGAGCUGGUCUAACGAGCCCUGCACUGAUGGCUCUGAAUUUACUGUCUCUUGGGGCUAUGUAACUGAACCUGCCCCUGCUUUUGCUGUUAUCACAGUUGUCAAGGGUAAGGAACUUGCCUGGUUUGGUGUUCCUGACGUCAACGGCCAGAAGGUCACAACUACCCCAUCCAAUCCUUUUGGCUCUGGACAGUUCGGUGACCUUGGUCCCGAACAGGUUUACACUUACUAAAGAGUUUUACAUGCGAGGACGAGGAAGGAUAUGCGAAAUACGGUUCAUGACUCAAUUAAUGUAAUCAACCCACUCAUUUAGUAAUGUUACGAUCAAUAUGUAGAUUUCAUUCUUGCAACUAGAAACAUCAAUAGAG